CAGCAGACUGCACAUGCACCUGCGCCUGCACACACAAAAUCACUUACACCAUGGCGGCGGAGACAAACAGUGUCGACAACACCGCUUUGUAUCGGCAGUUGGACGAGUACGACUGGGCCAGCGAUCCCGAGUUUCAAGGAGGACUGUCGGCCAUCUUAGGUUCGGUACAGGAUCCGCAGCAAGUCGAGCAUCUCACCUUGCGAGCGAAAUGCUACUACUACGCACGCAAAGCAGGCACGCCGGUCGACUUUGACGGCUAUAAGAGUUGGGUCGAAGCACGAGGAGGCAGUGCAGCCGUCAAUGGUAGCAGCGGACAAGGACAUGUCCAGCAGCAAGCCCCACCAGCAAACGAUGGCGGCAUGGGCGAUGCUCCCAAACCUGCGAGCUUUGCUGAGAUCUGUGAUAUGAUUGCGGAGGGCAAGCCGAUUCCAGGCAUCAAGGACAUCCCAGAUACGAUCCUCGAAGGUCAGGCAUCAGAAACACAGGCCGCACGGCGUAAGAAGCCGUGGGAGAAAGACUCCAAUGUAGACGAACAGCCGAGCUGGAUGACCUGAUCUCAGACUACUCAAGCUCUGUCUGCAUUUCAGAUCGCUUCGAUGUCCUUCGAUCGCAUGUCCAGCUAUCGCGUCACAACACUCCUUCCAGUACCACGCCCGAAGAGCUGCGGCGUUUACACCCAAAGCUAUCGCCAAAGGGAUAUCGUGACUCCGGGAACACAGAGCGUUCCUUACACGUUAGCAUGUCCACACAUGUGCCUAGGAGAAGACUGCCUUUCGCUUGCCACUGGCCUAGGUCAUCAAUAUGAUCAUCCUAUGUGCUGCGAAGCCGCUCAACUCGUCUUUAUCACGCUUUUUGACGAUGGUGCUACAUCACGCGCAUUUCCAGUCUGUCGAUCUACAGCACUAUCAUCGAGCUGCCGCAGAUCAUACAAGCAAAAGCGGCCCGAUGUUCCGUCAUGCGAUGAGAGAUGCAAAGCGGUCUCAAAGGCCACCACUGUGUGCUGCGUGUUCCAUCAGGGUACUACGCAUAUUCGGACCUUCCUCCUUCACGUUGAGCGAAUGUUUGCGUCGUUCAUCCCAACGAAGCUCUCUACGGCGCAGCUGUGGCAGAGGUAUGCUAAUGGGCGCAAUUUUCCUGUGAUUGGGACUAUUGGGCGUUUGCUCAUUGGCAGGAUCGCGCUGCGUACAGCGUGAUAUUCGAUCUUCAAUCCUCAGAGCGACAUGAUCGUCGCAUAUCAAAGACAGCAUGACAUCUUUUCCCUAUGCUGCCUUUUUGAAGUAAGCGCAUUCCACGAGUGCGGCCGCACACGAUGGAAGGUCUGUCACAGGGUUCACGAGACGGCACGUAGAAGUGUAGGAUGGCCGGACUUCCGAACAACAUACACCCAGUCAAUCGAGCGAAUCAAAGUACCGCAAGCUCGACUUCAGCGCCAUUGUCUGGUGCUUCAAAUCAUGAGCGCCUCAAAUCUUGGCGCCAUUGAUGUUGCGGAGCACUCCACACAUUUAGCCGUUUGCGGCCACAUGUCUUACUACUGUGUACCAUGGCUCAUGCGCCCACAUGCAUCGCGAAUAUGCUCCGACUGACGAUUUCGCGUGGCGA